AUGCCAGGAACCUCACCCACUGCCCGUCUAAUCUCCACCACCAAAGACCAAACUUGGAUGGUGGUUAGUGAAGGCCAAAUGAGUGGGUUGGGUGGGCUUAGUGGUUGUCUGGGUUUGCUUGGAGGGGAGUGGGGUGGAGAAGAGAGCAUGGAAGAGAGACAAAAAGGGAGAGAAAAGGAGGAGGUAGGGGCAGUGGUGCGGAGGGUGGGUGAGGAUAGGUGCGGCUGUUGGAGGUGUGAGAGGGAGAGAAAGAGGAGAUGUGGGUGGGAGGGAGGAGAAAAAGGGGGAAGGGAGAAUGGUGGGGGUUGGAGUGUAGUGCGAUGGAGAAGAUGA